GCUAGACUUCAUCAUAGGAAAAAGACUCAUAACCAAAAACCUUAUCAAAAGAAAGAGAUGAGACAAAAUCUUCCACACAUUGCGCUGUGUGUGAAAGCUGCUAAAAGAUUUAUACAUCAUAGUCAUAGAAGUAGAUUAGUUUCUCUAUGACUUUUCUACAUAGACUUUUCAUUCCACAAAAAUAGUCCAAGGAUUCAUUUGGAGUUGAACACACCCCUGAAUUUGUAUUAUAGUAGAAUAAAACAGCAAGUUGCCUACAAUUAGCUGCAGAGGAGAACACAGAAGAGAGAAGAUGGUAAUUGCUAUAUUUUUCUUUCUUCUUCUCUCUACUUUGCAUACAGCAUCAGCACAACAAACACAAUAUUCCAAUAUAAGCUUAGGUUCUUCACUAACACCCACCGGUACCCACUCCUAUUGGCUAUCCCGUUCCGGUCUAUAUGCCUUCGGCUUCUACAAGGAAGCCAAUGACUAUGCUGUCGGCAUAUUUCUUGUUGGAUUUCCUGAAAAGACGACUGUGGUGUGGACAGCCAACAGAGACAAUUCCCAGCGGCUAGUCCCCAGCAAUACCACUUUGCUCUUGUCCAGCGAUGGAAGACUACUCUUGCAGCCAACACAAGGCCAAGACAUAUAUAUAGUUACGCUUGACCAAUCGGCUUCUUCGGCUUCCAUGCUUGAUUCGGGCAAUUUUGUGCUCUAUAACUCCAAUCAACAGAUCAUAUGGCAGAGCUUUGAGCACCCAACCGACACCCUUUUGCCAGGUCAACGCCUCUCAUCUGGGGAAGAACUGUUCUCUAGUGCUUCGAAUACUGACCACUCAAAGGGGCUAUUUCGUCUCAAGAUGCAAAGUGACGGGAACCUUGUGCAGUACCCGGUUGAUACUCCGGACACAGCCCCUUACUCUUACUGGACGUCUUGGUCAGAUGGAGUAGGAAACAACGUGACCCUCAAUCUUGAUGAUGAUGGUCAUCUCUACUUGCUAAACUCAAGUUCCGUCCUAAAAAACCUAACAGGAGGAUAUCCUAAAAAAGGAAUGAUGUAUCUGAUGAGAAUUGAUGUGGAUGGUAUCUUCCGGCUUUAUUCACACAGCUCGGAUCAGAAAGGCAACUGGUCAGUUCCAUGGGAAUCUUCAAAUGAUAAGUGUGACCCUAAAGGUCUAUGUGGCCUUAAUGGGUUUUGUACUACAAUGGAUGAGGAAGCUGAGUGUAACUGUCUUCCAGGAUUCGAUUUUGUUGAUCCAGACAAGUGGAGUUCAGGCUGCGAGAGGAAUUUCACAGCACCAAGUUGCAAAGACAAGGAAGAGAGUGUUGAAUACACGAUGAGGCCAUUAGAUAACACCAUGUGGGAAAAUAUUCCAUACUCUGUGUUACAAAUGCCAACCAAAGAAGAUUGUGAAGAAGCCUGUUUGGAGGAUUGUAACUGUGAGGCUGCACUAUACACGGACAGAGAGUGCAGAAAGCAGAGGCUUCCACUGAGAUAUGGAAGAAGAUUGCUGAGUGACUCAACAGUUGCUUUCAUCAAGGUGGGAACGUCUAAACGCAUCAUCAAUGGAGUCCCAGUUGACAAGCAUAAAGAAACCAAGAAAGAGCUAAGGUUGGACAUUCUGAUCGUCAGUAUUUUACUUGUUGCUUUGGCCUUUGUUGUGUUAGUGAUUUCUGGAAUGCUUAUAUAUAGAAAUCGUGUGUGGGCAUAUAAAAAGAUCUCUGAGAAGGGGAAUAUUGAAUUAGGUGAGGAUGUUGGUCCCAGAGCAUUCACUUAUGCAGAACUAGAGCAAGUAACAAAUGGCUUCAAGGAAGAGUUGGGUAGUGGAUCUUUUGGGAAGGUCUAUAAAGGUAGUAUGUCUAUGUUGUCAAGUCUAAAAAUGGUGGCUGUGAAGAGACUCGAGAAAGUGUUAGCAGAAGGAGAAAGGGAAUUUCAAACUGAGAUGAAAGUAAUAGGGAAAACCCAUCACCGGAAUCUAGUCCGCCUGCUUGGCUACUGCCUUGAUGGGACUAACAGACUUUUGGUAUAUGAAUACAUGAGCAAUGGGUCACUUGCAGAUAUACUCUUCGCGCCUGAAAAUCGGCCUAGUUGGGAUGAAAGAAUCAGAAUUGCUCUGGACAUUGCCAGAGGCAUUCUUUAUCUUCAUGAAGAGUGCGAAACACAGAUCAUCCAUUGUGACAUCAAACCCCAAAACAUACUCAUGGAUGAGUAUAGGCGUGCAAAAAUUUCUGACUUUGGAUUGGCGAAGCUUCUAAAGCCUGACGAGACUAAGACCUUUACCGGGAUCAGAGGAACAAGGGGUUAUGUUGCGCCUGAGUGGCAUUGUAAACUUCCCGUGACGGUUAAAGCAGAUGUUUACAGUUUUGGAAUUGUGUUGUUAGAGAUCAUAUGUUGUAGGAGGAGUGUAGAUUGGAGCCUUCCAGAGGAUGAAGCUGUUCUUGAAGAAUGGGUUUACAAUUGUUUUAACGCUUGUGAGAUGGGUAAACUCAUGGGCGAUGAGCAGAUUGACAAGCGAAAACUGGAGAGAAUGGUUAAAGUAGGGCUCUGGUGCAUCCAAGAUGAGCCAUCGCUCCGCCCUUCAAUGAAGAAAGUGUUAUUGAUGAUGGAAGGAACUGUAGACAUCCCAGUACCUCCCAGUCCUACUUCUUUUCUAAGUGCCAUAUAGUUUUUCUGGUUAGUUCCUCUUUGUUUUUCCUUGAUAAAGUAUUUGUAUUCAAACUCUAAAGUCAGUCACACUGUCCUUUGGAUGCUCUGCAA